AAGGGAGCGCUGUCCUUUGUUGAAGGCAUUGUCCUUGUCUUGCAUUGAGUGGCUUUCACACACCCCAGGAAAGACAUUUCUGGAAAGAGACGGUCUCAACAGAAGGAGGGAGCGCGGGAAAGAAGCCCGGGGAGCCGGCGCCUUCACGCCCCGCGGUCUGCAGCGGGAGGAGCGCGGGUUCCAUCUCGCCAGAUGGCGCUGUCUGGCUUUUCUCGGGCCUCGGGCGCCAGUCUCCAGAGGUCCCUGGCGCAGCAGCCUCUCUAGCCGGCCGACGCAGGCUCUGUGUUUCCGGGCGGAAGUGAGGCGCUGAGCGGAACGGCCUCUGGUGACAUUUUCUUGGGGGCGGCGCGGACGACUGAAGGGACUUGGUGGUAGAGGCUGCGGAGGCGGCGAGGUUCACUUUGGUCCCGGCAGGGGCUCCGACUGCGACCCUCUGCUCGCCGCCGGCGCUUGUUCCGAGGAGGAGAAGGCGGCGGUGGCCGUCGCGUCCUGAGUCACCGCAGCGGGGAGAGUCCCAGCCGGGGGGUCGGUGCGUGCCCCGACGGGGCGCGCGCGGAGCGAGCGAGGAGGCACGGAGUCGCAGCGGAGCGCAGGUUGCUUUCCUGUUGCAUCUUUGAUAUCAUUUCCUAGACUCUACUCCAUGAUUUAACUUGAAAUUCUGAAAUGAAGAUGGAGGAGUCAGUGGGAAAAGUCGAAGAACUCAUUGAAUCCGAAGCCCCACCAAAAGCAUCUGAACAAGAGACAGCCAAGGAGGAAGAUGGAUCUGUAGAACUGGAAUCUCAAGUUCCGAAAGAUGGUGUAGCAGAUUCUACAGUGAUUUCUUCAAUGCCCUGCUUGUUGAUGGAACUGAGAAGGGACUCUUCUGAGUCUCAGUUAGCAUCCACGGAGAGUGACAAGCCUACAACUGGCCGAGUUUAUGAGAGUGACUCCUCUAAUCACUGCAUGCUUUCCCCUUCCUCUAGUGGUCACCUGGCUGAUUCAGAUACAUUGUCUUCCGCAGAAGAGAAUGAACCUUCUCAGGCAGAAACAGCGGUAGAAGGAGACCCUUCAGGAGUGUCUGGUGCCACAGUUGGGCGCAAGUCUAGGCGGUCCCGAUCAGAAAGUGAAACAUCCACUAUGGCUGCCAAGAAAAACCGGCAAUCCAGUGAUAAACAGAAUGGCCGAGUCGCCAAGGUUAAAGGUCAUCGGAGCCAAAAGCACAAGGAGAGGAUCAGGCUACUGAGGCAGAAACGGGAGGCUGCUGCAAGGAAGAAAUAUAACCUGCUGCAGGACAGUAGUACCAGUGAUAGUGACCUGACUUGUGACUCAAGCACGAGCUCAUCGGAUGAUGAUGAAGAGGUUUCAGGGAGCAGCAAGACAAUCACUGCAGAGAUACCAGAUGGACCUCCAGUUGUAGCUCAUUAUGAUAUGUCUGACACCAACUCUGAGCCAGAAGUGGUAAAUGUGGACAAUUUAUUGGCGGCUGCAGUAGUUCAAGAGCACAAUAAUUCUGUAGGCGGCCAGGACACAGGAGCUACCUGGAGGACCACCGGGCUUCUAGAGGAGCUGAAUGCAGAGGCAGGUCAUUUGGAUCCAGGAUUCCUAGCAAGUGACAAAACAUCUGCUGGCAAUGCACCACUCAAUGAAGAAAUUAACAUUGCCUCUUCAGAUAGUGAAGUAGAGAUUGUGGGAGUUCAGGAACAUGCAAGGUGUGUUCAUCCUCGAGGUGGUGUGAUUCAGAGUGUUUCUUCAUGGAAGCAUGGCUCGGGCACGCAGUAUGUUAGCACCAGGCAAACACAGUCAUGGACUGCUGUGACUCCCCAGCAGACUUGGGCUUCACCAGCAGAAGUUGUUGACCUGACCUUGGAUGAGGAUAGCAGGCGUAAAUACCUACUGUAAUACAAUGUCACUGUGUUUCCUCUGCACUGUUCCCUUCCACUUCCUCAUCCUUUGUGACAUGGAAGUUCACUGUCAUAGCUUCAGCUUCAGAAGCUGUUUGUGGCAUUUGUAGGAUUCAAACUCAUGGAAAAUUCCCUCCUCUUCCCCCCUUUUUUAAAGUCACUUAGGAAAAUAACUUAUCACAGAGAAAAGAAUUUCUUCCUUCACUCAGUAGGAAUAUGAGAAUGAUGAGUUUUAUUAGACAGCUUUAUUUUACUUGGUGACUUUUAAUCUUAGGAAACUCUGCCUUCCUUUUAGAAUAAUAUUUUAAUUGCCAGGCAAAAUGGGUUUCAGUUUUUGAAUCUUGUAUUUAUUUUUCUGUAUAAUGAAAUUAAUAUCUAGACUUGACCACUAUCUGCCCACCCCAUUGGCACUUCCAUCUUAGGGCAUUCGCACACAUAUCAGUCAGGUCCUUUUUUGGCACCUAGUAGGGCAUGUGCAUUUAAAAACCUGUCCUUAAAAAUAGAAGACAGAAGUAUUAAAAGUAUUUUUUCUUUAUUUUAAGUCUUCUGCCUUCUUUCCUGAGUUUGCUCCUGUUGACUUCCCACGGCACAGAUAAUUGACAUGUCCCUUUGUGUUUAUAAAUACUACUAAGGUGACUUAGUUGGUCUCCUUGUUGCAAUAAUUAAUAACUCUUUGCAAAAUGUCUCCUUGGAGACAGAGGCAUUUCAGAUAGAUACCCACCAUCAGGUUUUCUGGGCAUCUGAAAGUGUUAAGAGUUCAGUGGGGAAAAUCUCUCUCCCUCGGCUUUUUUUUCUGGUUUAGUCAAAUAACGGGUGAACAUAGAAACCUGUUGGGAAGAAUAUGAAAAGUUACAUGGCCUCUGAGGCUACAGGCACUUGCAAAUCUGAGAGGAAAGUGCUGUCUUUCAUAGCUGGUCUCAUAUAAAGAGUAUGUAGCAACAACUGUUUAACAUCUGAGAUGAAGUGGACCUGAUGUUGUAUUUGGGUAUUUUUCUCCUCUAUCUUCUAAGAAAAAAAAAUACCAUAAGAAGAAUCAGAAUGUACCAUAAGAAGUCAGAUGCAAAGCACGUUAAUUGGUAAGUUUUACAGUAUCUAAAAGGAUUAGCAAAGGGUAGUAGGAGCUUCAGGGAAUUCAGGAAAUGCCAGCAUUGGAAUUUUGUGGCAUUAGUUACUACCUUCUUUCUUAUAAUAUGUUGUGUUACUAGUGAAUUCUUUUAAAAGCAAUACCUAGAGUUAGAACACUAUUCUGCACAGGGGGAGUGAAGUAAUAUUGGUUUAGAAGACUUCACUUUUUGUUUUUCAUGGUUUUUGUUUGCUUUUUUUGUGUGUGUUUGUUUUCAUUGUUACCAUUACUGUGGCCCUUUGCCUCUCUCUCCAAAUCCCCUGGUGGCUCUUCUUAUCAUAAGAGUAUGAGAACUACCAUUUUCAGUUUUCAUUCAGCAAACAAAUUUACCAAGUGCCUGCUCUGCAUAAGGCACUGUGAGGGGUGGGUGCUCUGGGGCUGCUGAGAUGAAUGACACACACCCCACAUAAGCACGCAUCGGAGUCUGCCUGCCUCCACCUGCCUGGCCUGUUCUUCUUCUUCUUCUUUUUUGUUUUUGUUUUGUAAAGACAAGUUUAUUCCUUUACCCUUCUUGUUGCAUUAGUUCUCCUAUAUAUUCCUUCUUCUUUGAUUUUCUCUGAUAACAUCUCAUUUGAUCUGGCCUCUGUCCUUUGUCAUUUUUUUUUCUUCCUGCUUUUAUUAGAUCAGGCUUUUAAGAUCAUGAACCUCCAAUUUUAGCAAAUCAAUCUCUCACACGGCCACAAUUCUAGACAAAAACCAAAGACCCAGAGGCCAGAGCAAAGUAGGACUGUCUGAAGAUUCACUACUGGUGUAUCCUUGGACCUUCACAUUUUACUUUAGGAUUAAUUUAUUGAAUUUUACUGUUACACAUAGUUUUUGACUUGAAUUAAAAUAUUAGACAAAGCA